AGUACUUGUAUCUUUUCACUGAUUGAGGGCUGGUUUUUACUGGUUCUGGAUACCUGAGUAGACUGUUGCUGGGUCUCUCCCAGGGUGGAAAACACUUCCCGAGUGCCGCUGCUUGCCUACUUCGCUGCUACCCCAUAGCUGGUCUUGGCUGAACGGCUUAGGCUCUCAGGUCAGGUCUGGCAACUCUUUGCUGCUUCCGAACGUGUCUCCCUUUCACUGCCACUCAGUCCAUUUCCUCAACUUUGCUUCUGAUGUUUAGGGCCCCUACAUUGUCAUAUGUAAUUGAUUCACUUGUUUUUUCGUGUCUUUUUUGUGUAAGGGGGAACACCGGAAGCAUCUGACUACUCUGCCGUCUUGGCCCCGCCUCCUCUUGACAGGGAUUAUUUUUAAAAAAAACUUUACUAACUGAAUGAGCAAAAGUGCCUGUUUCUUUUUGAUUUUUAUAGUUAUAUUUCUUUGAAUACAAGUGAGGCUAAAUGUUUUCUUGUAUAUUUGUUGCAUCUAGUUUUUUUUUUUAAAUUAAAAAAGGCUUUAAGUAUUUACUUUUUAAUCAAUUGUCUAUUCUAGUGUUUUCCUUUUAUGGAAAUUUUUAAUUCAUUAAGCUUGACUAAUUACUUUUGCUUUUAGUUCUUAGAUUGAAAUUGUUUUUCAGAUGUUUUUAGUUUGUAUUGUUGUUCAGUUAAAUGUAAUUUUCUCUUACCCAAUUGCUGAACAGUUAUUCUUACACCUAAUUAUUCCCAGGGAGAAAUAUGUCUUCUGUCUUAGUCUUGAUAUUAGAUUUAGUUAUGCUUUUAUGAGCACCUGUUUUCUGCCCAGAAAACAAAUCAUGUAAGAAAUAGUGUUUUCCUUUGUAGGGGAGGUUGUUGUAUAACUUAGAAGCAAACUAUUGCCUGCCUUUAACAGGUGUGCUUGUGUUUUUGUUCCUGCCAUUCAUCAUACUACAUUUUUUGUGUGACCAUAUCAGGAGACUUUUUAUAGCCAUGAAAUGGAGCAUAUAGUGUAGCAGAGGUGAUCAGCAUAACUGUGGAAAUAAUUAAUUGUGAUUGUGAUAAAUGCCAUGAAGGGAAAGUAUAGAUAAUUCAUUAUAUGGCACCUAACCUUAUCUCUGGAUUUAGAGAAUCACCCUUCCUUGAAUAAGUGACUUUAAGCAAGAACCUGAGGGCUGGAUAGAAGUUAGCCAGCUGAAAGAAGACUGGGGUGAAGGGCAUUAUUCCAGUUAGACUAUAAACAGCCUAUUUAAAGCCUCUGAAGCAGGAAUGGGCUUUGGAGUAUUCAGGAACUGAAGGAAGUAAGUAUGGCUCAGAGAGGUGGAGAAAGGAGAAGGUUGUAAUGGUAUGUAGAUUAUGUAGGGAAUCCACUGAACAAGUUUUAAAUGGGGCCAUGAUAUAUUUGGAUUUGGGUUUUUGAAAUUCACUCUGUUGUGGAAAAUAGAUUGGUGGGGGUUCGUUAAAAAUGAAUAUAGAGAGACUAUUUAGGAGGUCAUGCAAAUGGCCCUGAUUAAAGAUGAUGUUAGCUUGCACUAGGCUAAUAGUGGAGGUAGAGAGAAGUAGUCAAGUCUCAGCACUAUUUAGGAGGAGGAAUGGGGAAUACGUAGUAAUUGAUUAAAAUGACGUUAGGGAGUAGGGUGGAGGUGUCAGAGAUGAUGUCUAGGUGUUUUGUAUUAGCAAAUGUGAUUGUGAAUGUCAUUAGUAAGAUAGGUAAAACGGUAAAAGAGCAGAUUUUAUCAUAAAUUUCGGACAGAGCUUAAAAUAUCUGUUUAAUAUAGCAAGUGUUAUAUCUGGGUCUGAAAUGCUAAGGAUAGCUCUGAACAUGAGAUAAAAUUUGGGAAUCAUAGUAGACAUAUCCUUGUAUUUUAAUUGCUAAUGGAAGUUUUGGAAAUGAAUGAGAUUGUCAAGUGUUUAACAUGAAAUUAGAAGGCAUCCUAGGCCAGAGACCUGAGAAACUACAAUAUUUAAAGAUUAGAUAAGGUAUUUGGAGUUCCUAGGUGGUACAAAUGGUUAAAAGUGCUUGGCUGCUAACUGAAAGGUUGAGAGUUGAAGUCCACCCAGAUGUAAUGUACCUUGAAAGAAAACCGGGAGACCUUCUUCUGAAAAACCAGCCAUUAAAAAUCCUGUUGCACCCAGUUGUACUCUGACACAGAUGGAGUUGCCGUGAGUCAGAAUCUACUAGACAGCAGCUGGUUUUUCUGGUGAUCGGAAAGUGCUGCCAAAGAGGUAACAGCAAAUCCUGGAGAGUGAAAUACUGACAGAAAAGAAAUUCAGGAUUUCAUGGCUUACAUUUGAUGUACUCAUUUAGUAUUUCAUUUUACUUUCCUACUCUUACUUUUCCUUUGGAUUUUAUUUAUGUGACUAUAUUUUUAGCUAUAAAAAUUCUUUUGGGAAUGAGGUAGGCUAUAAAUACAUGUUCAGAUGUGACCUCCUGGAACAUUUUUUUUUUUUAUAGUUAAGACAAUGCUAUUGGAACUUAUUUGUUUAUUACUUACAUAAUUAUAUCUGCCCUUUUUUCCAGUAGUGAAAAGAAAUGGUAGUACUUGGCCCUAUGUUUGUUUCUGGUUUUAAAUCGUGAGAGUGGUAGGGAGAUGGGACACAAUAACUUUUGAGUACCAUUGUUUGUUAAUGAUAAGAGUAACUAAAGUAAAUAGAUCAGAAAGGAGGUCAGCACAUGUAAGAUCAUGAUGCCUGUCUAUGUCAAUCCAAGUUCUAAGUUCCUGAUUUUGGCUUAUUAUUUUAGGAGAAACUAGGCCUAACAGACUGCAGUAAUUGUAGCUGAUCACAGAUAAAGGCAAAUGUGAAAUUAUUUUGUUUUUAUUAGUAUAGCGUUAAAAAAAAAAAGGAAAGCUUUCUAGUAGGAAUUUAAGUUAAGUAAAAUUUACCUUUUUAAAGUUAUCUAGUGCUCUGAAGAGAUCACAUGUCAAGGAUAAGAAUUAUUUUGUGAGAAAUGUUCUAAAAUAUUUUUGGUGGCAGCUACUAGAAAGUGUUGCUCCGCUUUUUAAGUACUUUUGAAGUUACAAGGGAGGAAGAUGUUGUAUUUGUGGAACUCUGAAAAAUCUCUUCAUUUUCUCUUUUUGUUUUUUAAUAGAGAUGUGAACUAUGUCCCCAUAAGGAUGGAGCUUUAAAAAGAACAGAUAAUGGGGUUUAAUCUUUGAUACAUUUGGAAUGUAUCCAGGUAAUACAAUGUGAGGUUGGGCUCAUGUGGUUUGUGCCCUGUAUAUUCCAGAGGUUCAAUUUGCCAAUGUUUCUACAAUGGAACCAAUUGUUUUACAGUCUGUUCCACAUGAUCGUUAUAAUAAGACUUGCUACAUUUGUGAUGAACAAGGAAGAGAAAGCAAAGCGGCCACUGGUGCUUGCAUGACGUGUAAUAAACAUGGAUGUCGACAGGCUUUCCAUGUAACAUGUGCUCAGUUUGCUGGACUACUUUGUGAAGAAGAAGGUAAUGGUGCAGAUAACGUCCAGUACUGUGGCUAUUGUAAAUACCAUUUUAGUAAACUGAAAAAGAGCAAACGGGGAUCUAAUAGGUCAUAUGAUCAAAGUUUAAGUGAUUCUUCCUCUCACUCUCAGGAUAAACAUCAUGAGAAAGAGAAAAAAAAAUACAAAGAAAAGGACAAACAUAAACAAAAACACAAGAAGCAACCUGAGCCAUCACCUGCAUUAGUUCCAUCCUUGACUGUUACUACAGAAAAAACUUAUACAAGCACUAGCAGCAACUCUAUGUCAGGAUCCUUGAAGCGUUUGGAAGAUACUGCAGCACGAUUUACAAAUGCAAAUUUCCAGGAAGUCUCUGCCCAUACCUCUAGUGGAAAAGAUGUUUCAGAGGCUAGAGGGUCAGAGGGCAAAGGAAAGAAAUCUUCAGCUCACAGCUCAGGUCAGAGGGGAAGAAAGCCUGGUGGUGGAAGAAAUCCAGGAACGACUGUGUCAGCAGCUAGUCCUUUUCAGCAAGGCAGUUUUUCAGGAACUCCAGGCAGUGUAAAAUCAUCAUCUGGAAGUUCAGUACAGUCUCCCCAGGAUUUCUUGAGCUUUACAGAGUCAGAUCUGCGUAAUGACAGUUACAGUCACUCCCAACAGUCAUCAUCAACCAAAGAUGUACAUAAAGGAGAGUCUGGAAGCCAGGAAGGGGGGGUAAAUAGUUUUAGUUCCUUAAUUGGUCUCGCUUCGACCUCAGCUGUUAUUUCACAGCCUAAAAGCUUUGAAAAUUCACCUGGAGAUUUGGGUAAUUCCAGCCUUCCUACCACAGGAUAUAAACGGGCUCAAACCUCUGGCAUUGAAGAAGAAACUGUGAAGGAAAAGAAAAGAAAAGGAAAUAAACAAAGUAAGCAUGGACCUGGUAGACCCAAAGGCAACAAAAAUCAAGAGAAUAUUUCUCACCUCUCAGUUUCUUCUGCUUCACCAACAUCAUCUGUAGCAUCAGCUACAGGAAGUGUAACAAGCUGUAGUCUUCAGAAAUCACCUACGCUGCUCAGGAAUGGAAGUUUACAAAGUCUUAGUGUUGGCUCAUCUCCAGUUGGUUCAGAAAUUUCCAUGCAGUAUCGGCAUGAUGGAGCUUGUCCAACAACUACUUUCUCAGAGUUGCUGAAUGCAAUACACAAUGGUAUUUAUAACAGCAAUGAUGUAGCAGUAUCGUUUCCAAAUGUAGUAUCUGGCUCAGGAUCUAGUACUCCUAUCUCCAGUUCUCAUUUACCUCAGCAAUCUUCUGGCCAUUUGCAACAAGUGGGAGCUCUUUCUCCCUUAGCCACAUCUUCUGCAACCACUGCUGUUGCUACAACUCAGGCAAAUACCCUAUCUGGAUCUUCUCUUGGUCAGGUGCCAUCGCAUAUGUAUGGCAGUAGGUUAAAUCCAAAUUCAUCAAUGGCAACUCUUAUAGCUCAGUCUGAAAACAAUCAAACAGAUCAAGAUCUUGGAGACAAUAGCCGCAGCCUUGUUGGCAGGGGAAGCUCACCCAGAGGAAGUCUCUCACCAAGAGCUCUACCAUGUUCUUUUACAGCCUAUUUCAGAGAUUAUUUACGAUCUCCUGUAAGCAGCUUACAGAUUCGCUAUGAUCAACCAGGCAACAGCAGUUUGGAAAAUCUGCCUCCAGUAGCAGCAAGCAUAGAACAGCUUUUGGAGAGGCAGUGGAGUGAAGGACAGCAAUUUUUACUAGAGCAGGGUACUCCUAGUGACAUUUUAGGAAUGCUGAAGUCAUUACACCAACUUCAAGUUGAGAAUCGAAGAUUAGAGGAACAGAUUAAAAACUUGACUGCCAAAAAAGAACGCCUUCAGUUAUUGAAUGCACAGCUUUCAGUGCCUUUUCCAACAAUAACAACAAAUCCUAGUCCAUCUCAUCAAAUACAUGCAUUUUCAACACAGACUGCUCCUACUACGGAUUCCUUAAACAGCAGUAAGAGCCCUCAUCUAGGAAACAGCUAUUUACCUGAUAAUUCACUUCCUGUGUUAAAUCAGGACUUAACCUCCAGUGGACAAAGCACCAGCAGUUCAUCAGCUCUUUCUACUCCACCUCCUGCUGGGCAGAGUCCAGCUCAACAAGGCUCAGGAGUUAGUGGAGUUCAACAGGUCAAUGGUGUGCCAGUGGGGGCACUAGCUAGUGGAAUGCAGACUGUAACAUCCACCAUUCCUGCAGUGCCUGGAGUGGGUGGAAUAAUUGGAGCUUUGCCAGGUAACCAACUGGCAAUCAAUGGCAUUGUAGGAGCUUUAAAUGGGGUUAUUCAGACCCCUGUCACAAUAUCCCAGAACCCUGCCCCCCUCACCCACACGACUGUACCACCUAAUGCAACACAUCCAAUGCCAGCUUCACUGACAAACAGUGCCUCAGGACUAGGAUUACUUUCUGACCAGCAAAGACAAAUACUUCUUCAUCAACAGCAAUUUCACCAGCUGUUAAAUUCUCAACAGCUCACACCAGAACAGCAUCAGGCCCUCCUGUAUCAGUUAAUGCAGCAGCAUCACCACCAGCAGCACCACCAGCCUGAACUGCAGCAGAUACAGAUCCCCGGCCCAGCGCAAAUACCAAUAAACAACCUACUUGCAGGUACUCAGGCACCACCACUUCACACAGCUACCACCAAUCCAUUUCUCACAAUCCAUGGUGAUAAUACAAGUCAGAAAGUAACAAGACUUAGUGAUAAAACUGGGCCUGUAGCUCCAGAGAAAAGUUGACACUCAAGAAACAUCUAGAAAUUGCUUAUCCUGCUGUUCUAGCACUUCGUCUGGCUGCUGCUGCAGUCCUCUUUCUACACCUGUGAAGAAAUGCAACAAGAAACUAACUGCACAACAAAGGUUAAUUGCCAGAAGGACAUUCUUGUAAGCUUUGACUAAUUUUCUUGUUGCUUUGUUGCACUGAGGUAAAACUCCAUAUCCUCCCACUCCUCAGAUUUUUUUUAACCUUUGAAAGAAAAUUCAAUAACUAAUUUUUGUCAAUGAAACAAUUUACAUGCAAUGAUUUUAUCAACCUGAGAGAAAUAGUUGAUGCACAACUAAUUUUGUUAUAAAUUGGAGAUACGAAUAGCAAACUGAAGACUUACUCCAUUUACAAACUACUUGAUUUUACUGUACAAAUUGGAAAAUGAAAUAUAAUCUUUUGUUUGGGUUAUUGUAUGCUUUGUGAGUUAGGUUGUAAAACAAAUUUUAAGGAACUGUCUAACUUUUACUGAAGUUUUACUGAUUAAAUAUUUCAAAUAAAUAGGUUAUCAACUGGGACUUGGCAAUCUUUGUUCUAAAAAUUUCUUUUCUAAUGGGAUUUGACCAAUUCUUGGUAAUCAAGUUAGGAUGGUAAUGUCUGCUUCUGCUAAAGGUAAUUUUCUAUUGCUAAAUGCUUUUUCUUUUGUCUUAAGACCUACUCAUUUUUUUAAAGAAACCUUGAGUUAAGUGAGUUCUAAGGCUGCUGGGGGAACCAGAUCAAUUGAAAGUGAAAGACUUCUUUCAUAAAAAGGGGCCACUCUGAAAACUGCUAGUAGGGUUUGGCCUUAAUCAAGUGCCUGUUAGUACCUCCAUUGUGUUGAAAUGGCUCUAGACAACUGAGCUUGCACUACAGUCAGUCCUUGUAAGUAGUAGGAAUAUUCAGUGUUACACCAGCAGCCUUCCCCAUUGUUCUGCCUUUAUGAAAAACUUUCUAUGCCACUGUAGAUAGCUCAGGCAAAACUAUUACCUGGGUGUUUAUCCACUAAUGAGUCACAAGAAAAAUGAGUGGAUUUGGUAAGAAUAUGUACAAUUUUCAUUUAAAGAUCUCCCUAUUACUGCCAGUGAUUAAAAAGCAAACAAUAACAAAAUACUACCACUACCACAGUUAUUAAAACAGGUAAAACCUGUAUUACAGCCUUUCUGCUUUUGGUAGCCAAGCUCCUGGUGUGAUAGUCUGGCAGAGUAUAAAUUAUACAAUUGGAGAUGUAAUCAUUGAACUGUUCUUAAGUGUGUGAAUUAUUAGUGGAAAAGACCCAGCUGUAAUUAGACCUCCACUGUGUACUUAGCUGGAAGAACAUGUUAAUUCUGCAAUAUGUCUCUUGGUUAAACAUUGCACAGUUCUUACCUCAUUUCUGUAAAUAAAGUUUUGUGAAUCUGUUUUGUAUUGUGAAAAAUUCAUAAGAUAACAUUGAUAUUUUGAUUUGUAAUAUUUCUAAUUGGUAGAUUUAAUUGAAAGUAAAAUUAAUUUAUUUUUAUAUGUUCCGGGGAAUUUUAAAGUCAAAUUUUUUGUAGAUAAUUAAAAUAAAUCGGUGUGGUUUAUUUUACAACCCACUGGUUGUUGUUCUGUAACAAUUUGUAUAAAUGGUAAAUUUUGAAUGUGUUGUUAUUUUACCUAGAUGUAAAAUUCCACAUGUAUUAAAGAGAUUGUACAAAGUUUUGUUAAUAAAAUUUAAUAAUGUUUAUAACUCUUUGCCAUUCUUGUUUGGAGAGGAUGAAGCUCCAGGAGACCAUUGGAGCCUUGCCUCUGUAGUUUGUUCCAGUAGUCUUUGUGCUUUGUGUUUUGGAUCAUCAGGGUAAUAUCAGUUUGGAGUUAAUGAAACUUUCCUCAUGACUAGGCUCUGUACAGUGUACAAAGCAACAAUGCAUAGCAGUAGACCUUGUGUUCAAAGAUCUUAAUGACUAGAUGUGAAGAAGAGCAGACUCUGAGAAUUGCUGUGAUGCAGAGAAGAGGGAAGUAAUCACAGUGGCAGUAAAAGGAAAAGAAAUUCCAGAUGAGACAGUUAAUUAUAGCACAUUAAUAAAGUAGUAUUCAUACUUGAUAAAGAUUAAAUUCCUCUUAUUAGCUUUAACCAGAGGCAUUAAGUGAAAGAAAAAUCCAAAUCUGUUGAGUGUUUUUUAGGUCUUGGUAUGCAUCCGAAUCACCUGUGGUGUUUUUCAAAAGUAUAAAUGCUCAGACUUUAUCCCAGACUCAAUUGAAUGAGAAUAUACUGGUCUAUAUAAUUUGCUCCUAGUAAUUAAGAGUUAGGGAGCCCUGGUGGCACAGUGGGUAAGUGCUCAGCUACUAACUGAAAGGUUGGAGGUUCAAACCCACCAGCUGCUC